AGUAAAUUUGUCAUAGCUAAAUACUUCCUGUGUAUCGUAGCUAUUUGCUGUUUGUUAAUUUAACUACUUACUGACGCGACUUUGAUUACCGAGACGCGAACUUUCCUUAUGGCGUUACCAUGGAGAGCGUGACGCUUGUUGGUAACCAGGAAGACGCUGCCCUGGUGGAGUUGCAAGGAGGAAAGAAAUGGACGAUAACUUUCAGCUCGGAAAUGUUGGGGCGAUAAAAAAUGUUGCAAAGUCUGGACGAAGAGCUCACCUUGCAGCAGACCAAUCAUCGUUUGAAGAUUCUCGUUACAUAAGGAAGUCCUCCACAUCUGCUUCAGUGGGAGAAGAGGACGAUGAGGGCCCUCCUCCUAAACCGGCCCGGCGGCAGGGUGGCUGGGCAGAAGAAAGCUCUGGGUCUGGUUCUGCCAAAUCUUCAAGAAGGCCUGCUGCUGAAGACCUGGAAGACCGCCGCCUGCGACCACAAACUCCCCAGGGAUCAGAUGAUGAAGGAGAUAUUCCAGUGAUUCCAGACCUCGAAGAAGUACAGGAAGAAGAUCUCACCAUGCAAAUUGCAGCUCCACCAAGCAUCCAGGUAAACCGGGUAAUGACCUACAGAGAUCUGGACAAUGAUCUGAAGCAUUAUUCUGCAUUCCAGACUUUGGAUGGAGAGAUUGACUUGAAGCUCCUCACCAAGGUUUUAGCGCCAGAGCAGGAGGUGAAAGAGGAUGAUGUGAGCUGGGACUGGGAUCAUCUGUUUACAGAAGUGUCCUCAGAGCUGCUGAUGGAAUGGGAUCAAGGAGAGAGUGAGGAGAAGGCUGUGUUGCCUGUAACAUGAGGAGGAGGUUUGGAGUGGGACUUUAAAUGGCUCCAGUGGGAACUGGGUGAAUGGCCAUUACACAGAAGGGCCAGUGACUGGUUAUAGUAACUUUAAUUACUGUUUGUUAUCCAGAAUAUAUAUUUUGUAAAGUGUAUAGAGUGUUUCUUCAAUUUUCUAAAUAAAGUUCACUGUGCAGUGAACAGUGCUGUGUUGUGUUUGUUUAGGCUUUUGGAAUUUCACUCUUUAUUUUCGGUUAGUUUCUAACUUAAACAGCCAAAAGGCAAACUGGUUAGUAGAAAAAGGCUCCUCUUAAGAAAAAAAAAAGCUGUCACAGAU